AUGCGAUGGGCCAAAAGCCAGGCCUUCUUGCCGACCGGAAACCCAACGCUGCACAAUUGCGAUACUUCACCUCUGCAAUCCUGUAUAUAUAACCACCUCUCUCCACACCAGGGAUCUCCUCGUAUCCAUCCUCCACACAACUUCCCAUCCACGCUCACCACGGAAGAGCCAGCACCUAUCCAAUUUCGCAACCGAACACCGACUCCCUACCACCUACAAUGAUCAAGCCAACGCUCUUCCUCGCCGUUCUGGGCCUCAUCGUCGCCUCCGUCUUCGCCGCAGACACCCCAACUGCGGCACGUGCGGUGCCGUACUACCCACGUCACCGCCCGAGAUGCCCCUGCCGCUGCAUCCUGGGAUACUACGCUGAACAGAGGGCCACCCGGAUGUGCAAGCGUCGCCGGUUCCUGUACAGCUGCUCGGUGCAGGACUGCACCAAGCACUACCGCCCCGGAAAGACUUGCUGUGAUGUUCACAAGCCAUCAGUUACGCCCACGCCUACCCCAUCAGUUACGCCCACGCCUACCCCAUCAGUUACGCCCACGCCUACCCCAUCAGUUACGCCCACUCCUUCGCCCAAACCGAAGUGCCCUUGCGUCUGCACGCGCAAGGGAGCUGCCCGCCGCGACUGCCACUACAAGCCGUACUGCGAGGUCACACGGUGCCCGGAGGAUCACAGUAAUGAUCACCAUACCCACCCCUAUGGCCAGUACUACAAGCCGAGGCCGAAGUUCCAAUGCUGCUACAAGCCGCACUAUUAGGCCAUGAGCGGGUCCCCGUCUCGCGUUGGGCGUUGAAUGCUGGUAAGAGGUGAGAAAAUGAGUGUGGCUCAGUAGUGGCCUCCUCAGUCAAACGGCACAAGGUCGCCCCUGGACACAUAUACUCUGCCCCAUAUUGUCUGUAGUUCAGUUCCAUCUUACUGCUAGUAAACUGAGCAGUUCAUGAUUUGAUUAGAGCAAGGGUUGUAUUGAGCAGGAGUAUAGGAUGUGACACACAUAGCCCAAUACGCAGCGCCGUCAGUCCUUGCCUCAUCGGGUGGUUGCGCCAAGCUUCCUCGGUUUGCAAGUUAAGGAAGAAGAGUUUUUCUGCUUGAUAGCAUGUGGAGCGCGAGUAGCUUUUAGAGUAAACCUCAUGUGCCUUUCGAAGAACACCCGAGGCCCAGCUUGUAAAGUUAACCUCUCAGUA